CGCUCUUGCUCCUCAUUCAUCACUUUCUCAUAUACUGUCCUCCUCUCUGCCCACGGCCAACGGGGCCAGGUCCAGCCAUGGUUGGCCCCGAGAUGCUCGUGGCCGCGGCGGUGAACCAGGUCGCCCGGAAGAUCAACGAGGUCAUCGGCGCGGCGCAGGGCGAGGUGAAGCUGUGCUGCAGCUUCAGCGACGACCUCGAGAGCAUCAAGGACACCCUGCAGUACCUGGAAGGCCUGCUGAAGAACGCGGAGAACAACUCAUUUGGGAGCGAGAGGGCGAACCUGCGGCACUGGCUCGGCCAGAUCAAGUGCCUGGCUUACGACAUCGAAGACAUCGUUGAUGGGUACUACUCGUCCAAGGAGCAAUAUGAGGGAAGCAGCUACGCUCAGAAGCUGAGCCUUGGGCCUCUGUUUCUAAAUAAUUGCACCAAGACUUCUUCGUUGUGUUUUGCUUCCCACACAGUGAUUGCAAACUUACAGAGUAAUGUGGUGGUAAGUUUUCAGGGAUCAUUGCUCUGCUCUUUAUCCAAUCCGAUGCUUUCAAAAGUCAGCAUGGUUUAUAAGAUGAAAUCCAAGAGGGAGUUGUUGCAGACAAGAAAGGAUUUACCUACCCAAUAUCAUUUCAUCUCACAUAUUAACUCAGUGGUAAAUUUUGAUGAGAAGCAGACAACUUCAUACAGAAAUAAUGAUAUCCAAAUUGUUGGGAGGGAUCAUGAAUUGGAACGUAUUAUGGGCAUGUUAAUGCAGAUAAAUGAGAAAGAGCUUACCAUUAUUUCCAUAGUUGGGCCAGUGGGUCUUGGGAAGACAAGCCUUGCCCAACUUAUAUUCAAUGAUACAAGAGCAGAGACAUUCAAAUUCAGGAUAUGGGUUCAUGUUUCCAUGGGCAAUAUCAACCUUGAAAGAAUUGGGAGAGAUAUAGUUUUGCAAACUACAGAAAGGAUUGAGGGAAGCAUGCAGAUGCAAUCAAUCAAGAAUGCUGUUCAAGACAUACUUAAUAGGUAUAGCUGCUUAAUAGUGUUGGAUAGCUUGUGGGGCAAAGAUGAAGAGGUGAAUGAGCUGAAGCAGAUGUUGCUUACAGGUAGAAAGACAGAAAGCAAGAUCAUAGUGACCACUCACAGCAGUAAAGUAGCUGAGCUGAUAUCCACUGUGCCACCAUACAAAUUGUCUGUUUUGUCAGAAGAUGAUUGUUCAAGUAUAUUCUCUCAAAGGGUAAUGACAGGUCAUAAUGACCCACUUUUCAGGGAAUAUGGAGAAGAAAUUGUUAGGAGAUGUAAAGGCAUACCAGUGGUAGCCAACUUUCUUGGAUCUGUGGUGAAUGCUCAAAGACAGAGGCGUGAGAUAUGGAAAGCUGCAAAGGAUGAAGACAUGUGGAAGAUAGAGGAAGACUACCCCAAAAACAAAAUUUUGCCAUUAUUUCCAUCAUUCAAGAUAAUAUACUACAGUAUGCCCCAUGAGCUAAGGUUAUGCUUUGUAUAUUGUUCAAUCUUCCCUAAAGGAUAUGCCAUUGAUAAGAAAAAACUUAUUCAACAAUGGAUUGCACUUGACAUGAUUGAAUCCAGACAUGGAACCUUGCCGCUUGAUGUUACUGCUGAGAAAUACAUUGAUGAACUUAAAGAUAUUUAUUUCCUUCAAGUUGUAGAGAGGCCUCAGAUUAAUGAAGGAAUAUCCAAUAAUUCUGAUGAAAUGCUCUGCAUGGAUAAUUUGGCACACGAUCUUGCUAGAUCAGUUGCUGGUGAAGAUAUCCUUGUGAUCUUAGAUGCCAAGAAUGAACGCUGCCAUAGAAAUUAUGAUUACCGUUAUGCACAAGUGUCCGCUUCUAGCUUACAAUCAGUAGAUAGCAAGGCUUGGCCUUCCAAGGCAAGGUCACUAAUUUUCAAGACAAGCGGUGCAGAAUUGCAGCAUGUCAGUGAAGUUCUUUCAGUGAACAAAUAUUUGCGUGUUUUGGAUCUCAGUGGAUGUUCUGUUAAGGAGUUACCUGCUCCCGUUUUUCAGCUGAAACAACUGAGAUACCUUGAUGCUUCAACUUUGUCCAUUACAGAUCUGCCUCCCCAAAUUAGUGGCUUUCAUAAGCUGCAGACAUUGGAUCUGUCAGAAACUGAAGUAACAGAGCUACCAGCCUUCAUUGGUAACUUAAAGAUGCUGAAGUAUUUGAAUCUCCAAGGUUGCCAGAAACUUCAGCAGUUGAAUAACCUAGAUUUGCUGCACGAGUUACAAUAUUUAAAUUUAUCAUGCUGCCCUGAAGUUAGAAGGUUUCCUGCAUCUCUGGAAAAUCUCAGGAAACUUCGUUUCUUGAACCUUUCGGAGUGUUCUAAGCUUCCAACAUUGCCUGAUGAAUUAUUGCAAUCAUUCUCUAGCUUUUCUUCCAUUGUGGAUUUAAACUUAAGUGGUUUUGAGUUCCGAGUGCUCCCUGACUUUUUUGGCAACAUUUGUUCACUUCAAUUCUUGAAUCUGUCAAAAUGCUCUAAACUUGAGCUACUACCCCAAUCAUUUGGUCAGCUUGCAUAUUUGAAAGGCUUGAACCUUUCAUCCUGCUGUGAUCUUAAACUCCCAGAAUCUUUCGAAUACCUUACUUCUCUUCAGUCUCUGAAUCUCUCACACUGUCCUAGUUUAGAAUAUUUGCCAUCUUCUUUUGACAAACUUAGUAAUCUGGAGUAUCUUAAUUUAUCACAAUGUGUUGGACUCAAAGCAUUGCCUAAGUCACUUUCAAACCACAAAAAGCUCCAAAUUGAGGUUUUUGGGUGCCAGGAUUGUAUAGUGCGGUCCUGUUCUCAAAGCUUUGGAAGUUGGCAAUCCCAUCAAUGGUCACAGCAAGUUGAGGAAGUUGGAACAAGUAGUGCUAUUUCAGAUAUCACUCCUGAGGAGCCUGCAAACAGAGACAAGGAAGAAGGAAUAAGUGCAUCAGAUGUUGAUGAAGUUGAUUAUCCACGAAAUAAUAUGAAGAAAAAAUUGGCAUUUGCUUAUCAUAUGGAUGAACAGAAAAGUGAAGAGCCUGAAUUUAUUAACAAGCCAAACUCAAAUGGAGAGAGAGUACAAGUAAUCCCUGAACAACAGUUCUCAUCCUCUCCAUCUCGUUUGUCUUCCAUUGCAUCAAGUUCGAGUGCAGUGUUUGCAUCUGGCUCCUCUUCGGAUGUCUCAAUAGCCGACCAUCCAUUGUCCAAUGAUGAAACAGCAGGUUUACAUCCCGAAAAGAAAUGCAAGGAACCUCAAGUGCCGGCAGAAGAUGACCGGAUUUCUGAACAUCAAGCAUCGUCAUCACAUAUGCCGGCGCAUCCGCAUGAAGCGACCGCUGCCAAACGAAGCAUUGACAACCAUAUUACUGACUACAGUGGAGAACGCCACUUCAGUGUGCAGUGCAAUGGGUCCAACCAAGGUGUUGUGUGAUACAGGAAACCAACUGGAAGAUACUUGCCAUGGAUGGAAGUUCAUGCAUUAGUCGCAUGAGAGAAGAGUCGUUGCUUUUGACAGAGUUUAAGUUGCCUGCGGUGGAGGAGCAGAGUAGUCUCUUCUUAAGUCACGUCGUUGGAAAUGCAUGCGUCUUGACGGACUCCCUGACCAAAAGUAACAAUUAGAAAGAAGAAAAAGAAUUGCGCCCGUGAGCAGGCAGGAGAGAAUUAUAUGUAUUUUCGUGAUUUCCCCUCUUUGUUGUAAUUUUUUUUAGGAACCCUCUUUGUUGUAAUUUAUAAACUUUGAUUCCUACUUGUACAUCAAAAGUACAUAUACAUAUCAUCAGCAUUCAUA